AAGAGUUGCGGCGAGUUUUCCUCCAACCAAAUUUGGCGAUAAUGUUCGUCGUCUUUCGUCCUCACCGCUCUCUCCCAUGUUACCCAUCUUCCUCUCUCUCUGCGGUCUACACAUCACAGAUCUUUUCUCCAUUUUCCAUUUUCCAUUUUCCUUUUUGAGCAAGACACCCCUUGUCUCUCCUUCUGUACUUUUAUAUGUUUUUUUCCUCUUGCAUAUUUCCUGCCACACAAAAUACGUAUAAGAUACCCUCACCACUCAAACACAUACGUAUAUAAUACCCUACCCUUCAGUAAGGGUUAGAGUUAAGACCGAAACCGAACACCCCAAGGCCCCAACCCUCUUUGUCUGCUCUCUCUUUCCAUCCUGAUUUCUCUCUUAGUUUUUUCCUUUCUCUCAAGACAACAAUGGUGGGAUGGGAAUGGGCUUCUUCUCUAUUACCCACUUUUCUUCUCUCUCUGGUUCUCCUCCUCUGCUUCUCCGAUCUCUGUAACAGCCAAGCCAAUGGUAGCAGCAGCUCAAACGAAUACUUGAAACUGAGAUUGCUCCACAGAAGCCCAUUUCGUUCCCCCUCUCAAUCUCUCCACUUCGAUUCUCGUCGUCUCUUCACUCUGUUCUCGACUUUGCGUAGCCGCAGAAAUCCAAAGAUCCCUAUUGUUUCCGGAGCUUCUUCUUCAUCAGGCCAAUAUUUUGUGGAUUUCAGGAUCGGAACCCCACCUCAAAAACUCCUCCUUGUGGCCGAUACAGGCAGCGAUCUGAUUUGGGUUAAAUGCUCUGCUUGUCGCAACUGUAGCAGAAACGCACCGGGCACCGCCUUCCAGGCUCGCCAUUCUACUACAUUUUCACCACUUCACUGCUACGACAAGGCGUGUCGACUCGUCCCUCACCCUCUCAAGCACCAGCCCUGUAACCACACGCGCGUCCACAGUACCUGUCACUACCAAUACACCUACGAUGAUGGGUCUCGGACAAGUGGGUUUUUCUCCAGAGAAACCACUACAUUGAACACGAGCUCCGGACGAGCAGCUAAGCGCAAAACCCUUGUUUUUGGGUGCGGAUUUCACGUCUCUGGUCCCAGUUUGACAGGUUCGAGCUUUAAUGGCUCCCAAGGGGUGAUGGGUCUAGGUCGAGGGCCAAUCUCCUUCUCCACCCAACUGGGUAAACAGUUUGGCAACAAAUUCUCUUACUGCCUCAUGGAUUACACCUUAUCCCCACCUCCGACGAGCUAUUUAGUGAUCGGAGAAUCACCGGAGUCGAUCACUAAGAAGAAGAUGAGAUACACGCCAUUGCUGACCAACCCUCUCUCCCCAAACUUAUACUAUGUGGGGAUCAAGAGCGUUAGCGUCAACGGAGUAACAUUGCGGAUCAACCCCUCCGUUUGGGCCAUAAAUCAAGAGGGUUAUGGUGGCACCAUAAUCGAUUCUGGGACAACAUUAACCUUCUUGGCAGAGCCGGCUUAUCGACAUAUUCUGAAGGCGUUUAAUAAGAGGGUGAGGUUACCAAGAGCAGAGGACCCAAGAGGAAUCUUGGAUCUCUGCGUAAAUGUGUCGGGCGUGGCAAAUGAGAGGCUGCCCAGAUUGGAAUUCAAGCUCAGUGGUGGGUCUCUAUUUUCGCCGCCGGUGAGUAACUACUUCAUAGAUACGGCGAACCAGGUGAAGUGCUUGGCUCUGCGAAGCGUGGACACGCAGGCAGGUGGGAUUUCGGUGAUAGGGAACCUAAUGCAACAAGGGUUCAUGUUGGAGUUCGACAGGGACAAGUCAAGGCUCGGGUUUUCUCGGCAUGGGUGCGCCCUACAAUGAACCCGCACAAUAAACGAGUCAGUGAGGUUGUUUGGAGUUUGUACACUGACACAGUGAGUGAGUUCUGGAGUUGUGGGCGUGCUGUAAUUUUUUUCCAUUUUUCGGUUUAAAAGAAAGGGAGUUAUGAAUUUUUCCUAAUGUAUUAUAAUAAUAUUAUAUCAUGCUUCUUUGGAUUCUAAAAUUGACAGAGAAAAAGAAGAGGAAAAUUGAGUAA